CGCCGAGUUCAGUCGAGAGUCGGCCUCUCACCGCGUCGCAUCCUUUCGAUAGGAUCCGGUCGAUAUCGAUUUCUCUCUUUCGUCGGUCGAGAGUCUUCGUUGCACGGAAAACGGAAGCUCGCGAACAGUUUGCCAUCGGUAUACCACGGUAUACCGACUGUCAUGUGAAUUACCACACCGACCGAACACUCGAGCGUUUUUCGGCUGACAUUGGGCCGCAGCAGUAGUAGUCAUCGUCACGAUGAGACCGAGAGACACGUGAGCCUGUGACAUGAUAGACGCACUUGAAAAAUGAUGAGGAGGAAGAAGCAAGGAGUCACCGAGGGCGGAGAAGCGUCGAUUCUGCUACUCGUCGCAUUGACUCCUGUUAUCUGUUCCGCUGGAAUCCUGGACCCUUGGCAGUGGGCACGUAGCGAUCGAAUCGACGUCAACAUUCCUUGGUUGCCGUUCGAGAACGAGACACGAUGCUACGACGAGCUAGGGUGCCUGAACAUAACCAGAAGCUGGUAUCACCUUAUCCAUAGACCGCUCAACGUCUUCCCUUUACCACGAGAAGUCAUCAAUACGAAAUUUAUUCUAUACACGAACGAUAAUAACGUCGAAGGCCAGACCUUGUCAGCCGCGAAAGACAAGUCAAUAAAACGGUCGUACUUCGAUCCGAAAAGGAAAACAAAAUUCAUUAUACACGGAUUCAUAGAUACACCGCUCAGCAAUUGGGUCAACGAAAUGAGAAACGAAUUAUUGAAGCACGACAACUACAAUGUCAUCAUAGUUGACUGGGGUGGAGGAAGUUUGCCGCUUUAUACUCAAGCAACCGCCAACACGAGACUGGUGGGCCUCGAAAUAGCUCAUCUCCUUAAACACCUGCAGACAAAUUAUGGACUGGACCCAAAUGACGUGCACCUGAUCGGACACAGCUUGGGGGCACAUACCGCGGGAUAUGCAGGAGAAAAGAUGGGAGGGAAGGUUGGUCGUAUUACGGGAUUGGAUCCUGCAGAGCCCUAUUUCCAAGGGAUGCCCAGUCACGUAAGACUGGACUACACCGACGCCAAGUUGGUCGACGUCAUUCACACCGAUGGCAAGAACUUCUUUUUCCUAGGGCUUCCCGGAUAUGGAAUGAUUCAACCAUGUGGCCACCUGGACUUCUACCCGAACAAUGGCAAGGAACAGCCAGGAUGCACGGAUCUCAGCGAAACUACCCCUUCCUUGCCCUUAACCCUGAUCAAAGAAGGUCUGGAAGAAGCGUCGCGAGUACUGGUUGCCUGCAAUCAUGUGCGUUCCAUAAAACUCUUCACCGAGAGCAUCAACUCCAAGUGCCAAUACGUGGCCCACGAGUGUUCCAGUUACGCCAGCUUCCUCAAAGGCGAAUGUUUCUCGUGCAAGAGCAACAACAGUCUUAGUUGCGGUAUCAUGGGUUAUCAUGCAGACACCAGUCCAGCUUUGGUUGGAAGGCAGGCUAUGGGACAGGAUAUUCUGUCUCUGCUCGGGUCGAAAUUCUUCUUCGCCACUGGCAAAGAAGAUCCUUUUUGCAGGAGACAUUACAGGAUCACCAUCGAUCUUGCCCGGCCACCGAGUGCAGAAAGUUGGGUCCAAGGCUUCCUGAAAGUCACUUUUCACGCGGAAAAUGACAUUAUUCGAGACAUUGAUCUCACACCUAGCGGUUACAUGAAAUUGGAACAUGGAUCGACAGUCCGAAUGGUCGUCGCUCAUCCGGCCGGUGCAACCGGUGAACUUGGGAAAAUUCGACGCGUCGAGCUUUCAUGGACCUACGAUAUGGACGUGUUACAACCGAAGUCGCUCUGCUUCUUCUGGUGUAACGAUCGCCUCUACGUCAACAGCGUCACAGUGGACGUUAUGGAAAUUCCGGGAAGAGGGAAAAGAGAAGCAGACUUCACCAGCAGGCUCUGUUCGGCAAGUAGACAGGAGUACGCAGAAAUUGCCAGCGGUUCCACCGCGUCUUUCGUCGACAACUGCUGACAACGUCUUCAACUUAAUUUAACAUGCAUCUGAGUACAACGUGAUAGUUUGCGGUUCUCGUUCCUGUGAAAAGUAUAGAAAUUAAAGUGCGAUCUAGUGCAUAUCUAACGAUAAGAAUCAGCAGCAUGAAUAAUGAAAAUUAUGGCAGAGUCUACGAAGAUCGACUGAAACCUGUAUUUCACAAUGAUGUAUUUCGUUCAGAAUACGUCCACGAGUUUUCGUUUAAAAAAGAAGAAAACAAGGCAAGAUUCGUUUCGACAAAAAAUUUAUUUAAAAAAAAAAACAA